AUGCACCGGACCACCAUUGCCGCCGCCGCCGCCGCCGCCCUCGCGGCCCCCGCGUCGGCCGCCAGCCCGCAGAUGCAACUCAACUACUACAGCGACCAGUGCCGGACGUACGUCGGCGACGUCAAGGUGACGUGGGCCACGGCGCUGUGGGGUGGCAAGGACAACUGCUUCAACUACAGCUACGGCAGCUUCGUCAACAUUGCCAAUUGCUACAAGGGCGGCUGCCAGUGCAACAUGUUCUACGGCAAGGACUGCACCGGCGCCUCGACGAAGCUCUUUGACAACCACAACUGCGUCGGCGGCGCGCCGCAGAUCCAGUCCUUUGCCUGCUACUAUACCUAA